CCUAUGUGAGACGUAUGUUUCUUUGUUGUGGAACGUAUGUGUCUUUGUCUGUGGCUUGGUUUUCCUCGGUUUCAGUCACUUAACUAAACCGAAGUCUCGACGACGUGUUUAGCUUUAGCCACAUUACGGACUCAAACAUCAGUUUUCAAGUCUUACCACUCAAUGAUAUUUUGCGAUCUAUUUUUACCCUAGCCUAGCCUAGCCUAGCUGACCAAUUGCUAACAAAGCUGCAAGGCACGUUGUCAAUCGUUCAGAAAUCAAGUCAGGAAAAUGUCAGCGAGAAGGACACCGGCUGCAGUAAAGUUCCAGGAGGAACUUUGUGGAGUAAAAGAGGAUCCCCCACAUCAGCAACCCUCGACUGUGUGUGAAAUAAUGCACGCAAAGGUUGUUCUUCACAGACCAGAAGUUUGCAUGCCUGUUACAUGGCAGGAUGAAUCUGAGGAGGACUUUUCUACAAGUCCUUCCAUGAUCAAAUAUCUAUAUGUUAGCCAAGCCCCUCGUGUUGAGCACCAGGAGUCUGCAUGCAUCAAGGGGGAGGAGGAAGAAUCGCCAUACAUCAAGGAGGAAGAGUCCGUUCUCAUUCAAGGUUUCAGAAAAUAUAUUGGUGCUGAGACAGAAUCUCCUGGCGUUAACGAGUAUGUUGAGUUCCCCCAAAUCAAAGAGGAGGAGGAGCCAGAGCCCUGUCAACAGAGGCAACUCCCAAUCAAAAAGGAGGAGGGAGAGCUGCCAUAUGGUAAAGAGGAGGUAGAGGAGGAGCAUAUCACCAGGUUGACUAGUGAGCCCUUGAAGAGUGAAGAUGGUCCGAGUGAGGCCGGCAGAGGGGCGAAGCCUCCAAGCAAGGGGAGUAGCAACAGCUCAACAGAAGGAUUGCAAGCAGACAUUGACAUUGCUUCAUCAGACAGAAAUGGCGCCACAUCACACUCACCUUACAAUGAUGAUGGUCAUAAGACAUCUCACGGUGACGACAAAAUCUGCAAAUGCUCUCAGUGUGGGAAAACCCUUGCUACUAAGCAAAGUUGUCGAAGACAUAUGAGGAUCCAUACCGGUGAAAAACCUUAUGUCUGCUCAGUUUGUGGAAAGAGUUUUGUUCAUUCGGGAGACUUAACAAUACACACAAGAACCCACACUGGCGAAAAACCUUUUUCCUGCUCAGUUUGUGAUCAACGAUUCGCUUGGAAGCAACACUUAAAACGACACACAAGAACCCACACUGGCGAAAAACCUUUUUCCUGUUCGAUUUGUGAUCAAAGAUUUGGUUGGAAGCAACACUUAAAACAACACACAAGAACCCACACUGGCGAAAAACCUUUUUCUUGCUCCAUAUGUGAUCAAAGAUUUGCUCGGAAGCAACUCUUAAAACAACAUACAGGAACACACACUGGCGAAAAUACUUUUUCCUGCUCAGUUUGUGGUCAAAGAUUCACUCAAAAAAAUAGCUUGAAAAUACACACAAGAAUCCACACCGGAGAAAAACCUUUUCCCUGUCCGGUUUGUGAUCAAAGAUUUGCUCGAAAGCAACUUUUAAAACAACACACACAAACCCACACUGGCGAAAAACCUUUUUCGUGCUCAGUUUGUGGUCAAAGAUUCCGUCUAAAACAACACAUAACAACACAUGCAAGAACCCACACUGGCGAAAAACCUUUUUCCUGCUCAGUUUGUGGUCAAAGAUUCACAAAAAAAGUUACCUUGAAAAUACACACAAGAAUUCACACUGGAGAAAAACCUUUUUCCUGCUCAGUAUGUGGGCAAAGAUUCACUCAGCAGCAACACUUAAAAGAACAUACAAAAACACACACUGGCGAAAAACCUUUUUCCUGCUCAGUUUGUGGUCAAGGAUUUGCUCGUAUAGAAACCUUAAAAAAACACAAAAGAACCCACACUGGCGAAAAACCUUUUUCCUGCUCAGUUUGUGAUCAAAGAUUUGCUCAGAAGCAAACCUUAAAACAACACACAAGAAGCCACACUGGUGAAAAACCUUUUUUCCCAUAGACCCUACUCACCAAUGUCACACAAUGGCAUGUCGCUGUAUCCGGCCGCCAUAUUGUCCGUCAUUGUUUAUCCGUAUUCUCAAUGGUUUCAAUUUGUCGUGCAAUUUAAAGUGCAAUUCAUGGAAGCUCCGGUGCUUUCAGAUGCUGUAAACUCAUUGGAUGCAUUGCAUUAAAGGCGUUAUGUGGAAAAGCUUCAGUCUAUCCAUUCGCCAGAUCCAUAUUUGAUGCCGAAUCGAUAUUUUUCGACCCGCUGUCUUCGCCGUCUCUGCAUGACAUCUGCUACCCUGAUAUCUACAACUAUCUUGUCCACACAAAAUCAGCUUAUUCUCACGAAAGUUUGAAAAACUUUAAGAGCAGCACUCUAAGCAACAUUACCACGUGUGACCCUUUACUUCCAAUUUUCUAAAAUGGCGAUAAUAUAAAAAAAGUUGACUGCGAUGGCCGACGCUUCAAGGAUAGGUGGAUAUUGGACUAUUUCUUCAAUGAAAUACGCAACAACUGUGUCUGCCUCAUUUGCAAUAUAUUUGUUUGAAUAUAUUGUUCUACGUAAAUCAGCCAAGGUAGCCCCCCUACAUUUUUACCACACCAAAUCUGUCCUCCUUUGCAAAAAGUUUGGACACCCCUGUUUAACUGAUGAUCCGUAAUAGAGGCCAGCUUCUUUCACUUGCUACCAGCUAAAUAUUAUUCAAAAAAUAAUGAUGGUGGAAGAAAUAAGCAUCUUGAAUUUGAAACCGUAUGUUGUCGGCGAUUAGCCUCGCAAUGAUCUUAAUUGUGGUUGUCAGCCCAAAACCCUCUAAAUAUAUAUUAAAUGCAUCUUACCAGAUAUAAAAUGACUACUACAUAAUCUGUGGUGAUCGUUUGGUGCCCAGUUUUAUCGUCGAAUUGCAGCAGUCCAUCUCGCUCUCCUAUUCGGGUCUCUCGGAAUACAGUAGAACUUCAAGUAUCUCCGUCUAUCUUCUCUGUUACUGCAACCAACCGCAACACAUGCCUUCACCAUUUUGAUUAUUAAUGUUAACGAGCAGAAAAAAACGCCAUAAUAGGAGGAAUUUACAUAGCGUAAUGUGUAAACACGACGAGCCUACGGACAAUGGCGCGUAGAUGUGAGUGGGGUCUAUACAGUUUGUGGUCAAAGAUUCACUCAAAAAAAUAGCUUGAAAAUACACACAAGAAUCCACAAUGUAGAAAAACAUUUUUCCUGCUCAGUUUGUGGAAAAUGUAUUAUUCAGUCGGAAGACUUAAAGUGCAUGUGACACGAAAAAGCAUGUUUAUAUCAUAAUACACGCGGUAUUUUAUGCUCCUGAAUGAUAUGGACCGCUUGGAUGUGUGUUGAAGCGAUCGCUAUAUUUAUUUAGUUUUUUGAAGCCCGCGCCAUGAAAAUGAGUGACUUCCGGCUUCAGUCUUGCAUUGAGGAGGAGGGUGCUGUGACGUGUACGGAUGAAGGCAUCCUCUUCACUAUACAGCGGUACUGUUGUGUAUGAGGACUAAGGAUUCAGCUGAUUUUCCGGAUUAAUACGUUCAUUUUUUGCACUACGCCAGCCAAAUGGCUGCAGAAAAAUCUUGCUGUAUGAGGGAGAGGCGUAUGCACCUUUUUGGGGUUUCAAAAGGCUCCCAUUCCCAUUGGAUAUUGGCCAAAACAAGCCCAACUACAUACAUACAUACAUCACAUGUCCUGUCAUAAUUCCUUAGCUGUCACCUGAGGAUUUUCGCCACCUUUCGCUUCAGGUAUUGCACAGCAGUUGCAGAUAAAGACACACGAUAAUAUCGGCUACCGAUAAUUAUCGGCCGAUAAUGGCAAUUAUGAUGUCACACAGAUAAUACAGAUAAUAAAAAAAUCAACCGAUAAUGCAAUCCGGUAAUUAUAUACUUGAUUUAGCCUCCAAAUGUGCGCAACCAAGCAGUUUUCUCCACUUCUUCACUGCCGCCUGCUCAACCCCUCCCCUCUCUGAAGCCCCUGUGGGAGGAGGGGUUUAGGAGUACGGCGUCAUAGAGGAGGUGGUGUUACACAUCAGUGUUGAGGCGCUCUCACUAGCGUGCGUUGCUUUUCCAGUGUGGCUCUCGCCAUCUACAAAAACAGUUCCUCAAGGCCUAAAGAAAGCGUCCUCAUUGAACACCACUAGCACUAACCCAGCAGCCAUUUAAAACUGCAUCACAAUGAUUUUUGGAACGAAUAUGAGGCUGCUGCUAGCACGAAUGCUAAAGCUAUUGUUAACAAAUAAACUAUAAAGGAAGCUACGGGGCUUGUGACAAUACAGAGUCGCUGCGGUCCUCCCGGAGUCGGGGUGUUUGGGAAUGCAGCCCAAAGCGAGUGGUAAACUCCCAUCUAUGGCUAAACACCUCACGAGAUCGAUAGUUGACAAGUAGCUCUCUUCCGACGGAGCCCGCUGGUCCGGCAGGCCGCCGCCUCGCCCUAGACGGGUAGAGCAUGAGAGCAGAGCCAUGCACCGAAUGCGCCACAGCGAGCCGGCCGGGGCGGGCGGAUAUCCGGUACGAACUUAGCUGCCGCCGCCACUCCGAUUCGAGACAGAGGCCUGGCGCGGGUGCUAAUUUGGCAGCCGGGCGGACUGAAGGGCACAGGCGGGAGGAAAUUCCCGAAAUGACCCGAUAGCCAAACCCCUGGAUGAAAAAAAUAAUGCAGUUUAUACGACCACGAUUCUUCGUGAAAGACAUGCCGAUCACAUCAGUUUUACCACGGACAUUUACACAGGUGAUGUCAACAAACCAUAUUUAUCAUGACGGCACAGUGGUUAGUUAAAUUGUAACAUGCACCAAACGACACAAAGAAGUCAUCCAGUCAGUAAUGCAUUCAGUACGCUUUAAAUUUAUGACGUCUUAAUCAGAUCAUUCUUCUUAAAUCUAGUCAAAUAAUUUUCCCCAUCUUGUUUGAGUGUUGAAGACUAGUUGAAUGCGCCAGAUUAUUCCACUUACUUGAACUAAAUAUUGCAAUUUGUUCUUAUUAAGCCCAAACAUCUAAAAAAAAUAAGGUUUUUCACCUAAAUCAAGAAAAAAUUGCUUUCAAAUCAUGUUUUGAACCAUACAUAUUCUUGAAUAAAGAACAUUUCUGACAAGGUUUUUUUUUUUUUUUUUUUUAGGAUUAUGUAUAAUAAUUUAUUGCUUAAAAUAAGGCUGUUAAUCUUAUUUUCAGCUGGCCAUUUUUCUUCAAGAAAUCUGAGUGAAAUAUACUUGAAGUGCUGGCAGUUAAUUUAACUUAUUUCCAAUAGAUUUACACUGAAAACAAGGGACUUUAACUCGUCUUAAGGAGCUGUAUUUUUGCUGUGUAGUAAUGUUAUACUUUAGGAAUGGCAUACUUUUAAAGCCAUUUUUGUGCAAUUUAUGUAUUUACUCUGUAAGUAAUUGUUGCCAAAAGUUUACCAUUACACAAUGUCAGACAAUCUAUCUUUAUUUUAGAUGUUGGAAUUUACUACUACUACUACUUGUUCACAUUUGAUGUUGAAAAAAAAGAGCAAUAUUAUUUUUGCACAGCAAUAUUUUCUCUUGGGUAAACUUUAAAAUUUUACAUAAAUUUUUAAUAAAAUUAUCGGCUUGACAUUAUCGGUUAUCGGUUGGAACGAGGAGGAAAUUAUCGGUUAUCGGUAUCGGCUGAAAAAUGCAUUAUCGUGCAUCACUAGUUGCAGACAGUAACCUCUUUCUACCACGCCCAGGCAGCGUUUCCACUGUGCAUUUAGCUUUAAACUUGCAGACAAGGCUCCCAAUUGUAUCUUGAAAUUUUAAUCCUUUUGCUGUCUUUUUAUAUCAAUAUCCUUGCCUAUGAAGUGAAAUGACCUCCUCUCUGAACUUUUUUGGCCAUUCCUUGGACUUCAUCAUGUUGUAAAUAUGUCAUUAACUGCCAAGAAGAGCUAUGUGUCGCAGUCCUUUUAAAUCUGCUUAAUUGCUGCUCCUUAGGGUUCCAUUCACAUCAGCUGUUUGACAACACCUGAUGGAAACCUUUUGUUCUUAAAAGUGGUGGACUUCGGGGGGUUGAAUAAUUUUGUCAAUGAGGUAAUCACAGAAAGACCAUUAAUUGGAAUAGUCCCAGUAAUAUUUUUGUUAUUUCAGCUGUAUUUGUGUAGUUGACAUUUCAUUAUUUGAUGUGAUUAUAAACAAGAUGAAAAAUGAACGUAAAACUUGAGAAAACACUUAUCCACUUGGGGGGUUGAAUAAUUUUGAACACUCUCUGGGAACACAUCACAGGCAGUACAGUUCCGUAGUAUUCUGUGCAAAGUGUUCAGGGAUUCCCCGAUAUACAAGAAGUUGUGGUGCCCCGCCACUCCUGGCAGAUGACAUUUUUAAAAAUUAUUUAAUUUUUUUUAAGGCCGUCCCAAACUAGCGGCAGCCGAAUGUGAAGAGUUCAGUGGCAGCGGCAACAAUUGUAUAUUGUAAUGUCCGUAACUAUCGAGGCCCCCUUAAGAGACGAUAGUACUGGGGAGCUGUGGCGCAGGGGGAAGCGAUUAGGAAGAAUGGUAAAUGGUGUUAUACUUGUAUAGCGCUUUCCUACCUUUCAAGGCACUCAAAGCGCUUUACACUACAUUGCCAUCUACCUACUGGUGACACCAGUGUUGUUAAUCUUACUGAAAAAAAGUAAUUAAUUAUAGUUACAAAUUACUUCUCCCAAAAAGUAAUUGCGUUAGUAACUCAAUUACCUGAAUGUAAGAGUAAUUAGUUACUUGGCAAAGUAAUUGGUGAUAAUUACUUUUUUUUUUCAUUUUUCCUCAAUUAAAAAAAAAAAAAAAAAAAAAACAUUGGCCACACUAUGUGAAGUUUUUUGUGAAGGUUUUUGGUACAAUUGGCCCGAGCCCAAUUCUUUACCCUAAUUUACUCUUUACCCUGAAUCAACUGUUAAAAGUUGUUAGAAUUGCUCCCAUUAUUGCAUUAGUACCCUUCUCUCUACUUUCGACAUAUGAAAGUUUUAAAACUGUUUCAUCAUUUAAAGAUAGAUUCAAGUCAAGAUUUUGCCGAUUUAGAAGUAUUUUAUAUAAAAAGUUACUUAGGUUCGCUAGGAAGGUUCUCUACAACAGAGCCGUCCUAAAAAGUCUACUGCUUCAAGAUGGCGGCUGUCUACUAACGCAUUUAGUGCCAUGUCUGUCAUUUUGCAUCUAGUUAUAUCUAUAUACAGUACAUGUGAUAUCUACCAUGUCUACCAUAUCUACCAUAACAUGCGGGCGUAGUUUGCAGGUUAUCGGCUACAACAUGUAUUAUUGGAGCUACCUAGCAUCGCGUUUGCUCGGCGUCACAACUUUCUUGCCUCCUCCACACUCCUGCUCUGCUCUGUCGACUCGGUGAGUCCGUCUCCCUCAGACUUUUCGACCAAUAUAGUAACGCAUAGUAACGCAUGCCUUUCCGUCCUCAGUAACGGUAACGGCGUUGCCAAGAUGAGAAAAGUAAUUAAUUAGAUUACCCACUACAGAAAAAAAUAACGCCGUUAGUAACGCCGUUAUAUUGUAACGCCGUUAUUAACAACACUGGGUGACACAGCACCAGGAGCAAUGUGGGGUUCAGUAUCUUGCUCAAGGAUACUUAGGCGAGUUCAUCAGGGUGGAGAAUCGAACUCACAACCUCUGGGUUGGGUUCGUGGGUGAGCCAAUAGACCCCAAUCGCAUGACGUCACAACUCCGCCCCCCUGACUUGAUCCGCCAUAUUGUCCAUCAGCUCGUCGUGUUUACGCAUUACCGCUACGUGAAUUACUCCUAUUAUGGCGUGUUUUUCUGCUCGUUAAAAUUAAUAAUCAAAAUGGUGAAGGCGUGUGUGGCAGUCUGUUGCAGUAACAGAAGAUAGACGGAGAGACUUGAAGUUCUACCGUAUUCCGAGACCCGGAGAGGAGAGCGAGAUGGACUGCUGCAAUUCGACGAGAAAACUGGGCACCAAAUGAUCACCACAGAUUAUGUAGUAGUCAUUUUAUAUCUGGUAAGAUGCAUUUAAUAUAUAUUUAGAGGGUUAUGGGCUGACAACCACAAUUUAGAUCAUUGCGAGGCUAAUCGCCGACAACAUACAGUUUCAAAUUCAAGAUGCUUAUUUCUUCCACCAGCAUUAUUUUUUGAAUAAUAUUUAGCUGGUAACAAGUGAAAGAAGCUGGCCUCGUCUACGGAUCAUCAGUUAAACAGGGGUGUCCAAACUUUUUGCAAAGAGGGCCAGAUUUGGUGUGGUAAAAAUGUGGGGGGCUACCUUGGCUGAUUUACGUAGAACAAUAUAUUUCAACAAAUUUUAGCAAGCCCUUCUGUGUGUCACAUUUGCUUUAUUAUUAUUUUUUUAAUUCAUAAUUUCAACAAUCUCGCCUUUGUCGCGUUCUUUCGACACUCGGGCUCUUGUGAAAUACUGCUGCUGUGAAAUUAAACUAGCUUCAAGUUGCUUUCAUUUAUCGCUGUGUAUCUUUCCUGUAAUGUCGUACAUGUCAGCGUGUCUUGUUUGGUAAUAUCGCGUCACAUCGAACUCUUUGAAAACAGCGACUGUCUCUUUGCAAAUGAGGCAGACACAGUUGUUGCGUAUUUUAUUGAAGAAAUAGUCCAAUAUCCACCGAUCCUUGAAGCGUUGGCCAUCGCAGUCAACUUUUUUUUUUUUUAUUGAUUGUCGCCAUUUUAGAACAUUGGAAGUAAAGGGUCACACGGGGUAAUAUUGCUUAGAGUGCUGCUCUUAAAGUUUUUCAAAGUUGCGUGAGAAUAGGCUGAGUUUCUGUGGACAAGAUACUUGUAGAUAUCAGGUAGAGCAGGGCGGUAAACCGAAAAUUUACCGGUACCGAAAUUCUUUACGAUGACCGACGUCAUUUUGACCAUGACGGUAAAUUCGGUAAUUUAAUAAAACAAAAAAAUAUAGUCUUUUCAUCCCGCUUUGACUCUGUGUUGUUCAGCUAUGUUCAUUCCCCUUUAAGAAAGCAGACAGUGUGCUUACGUAUGGAAUCACGUGGUUAUCAGGAAGCCAAACAAAACGACCCCCGGUAUGCUAACGCUAGCGGCUAACGCUACAAGCAAACGUGAUGGAGUGUUGCUUAAGGGAGGUUCGCCAAACUUUCACCCGACAUUAGACUCUUGGCGGCACCCAGACGGACUUUCAUCCGUUGUCCUCCCUUGUUCUCACGAUUUCCAAAGAGGGUGCUUUCAAUGCGUUCUACUGGUAGCCAAGCCACAGGCUAACGCUAGUGGCUAACACUAGCGGUUAAUGCUACAAAUGAACGUGAUGGAGUCGGAUAGCGGCUCUAAACUAGUUGAAACAGCUGAACUUAAUGAGUGGAUUGGUCUCUGACUGCAUCUAGCAAUUAUGCUGCGUUCCAGAAAAGUGGGAUGUUGGACUUUUCCGACCUCCGAGUUGGAAAAUAUCAUUGGAACGCCACUCGAACUGGUAGGUCCAAGUCGCGAAGUCGGAGAAAAAAUAACUACCCGGACUUCCAAGUUGUUUAAAUCUGACGUCACUGGACAAAUUGGCGCUCAUAAAAACGUAUUGAAUGAUAACACAAUAAUGAAGUAAAUCAAGUUUAUUUGAGACGCCAUGUAUUUUUUUCUCAUACAGUGAAUUAUCUUUGUUGUGCUAUGUUUUUAUAUUGACGAUCAGCAAAGGAUGUAACUAAAAAAAGGCAGUUUACAGUGUGGGCUAUAACGCAGCCAUCGUUUUUCCUCUAAUAUUUGAUCGCUUAUAGGAAGGCAGGUUCGCUGGAGGUCAAAAUGUAUUUGGAUGGCCAAAAUAAAAAACACCUCGUCGCGAUCAGCCAUCUUUGUUGUUUGCAUUUGCUUGGAACGCUUUGAGAUCGGAACUGAUACCAUCCGAGUGGGAUAAAUCCGACUUCCCACUUCUCUGGAAUGCAGCAUUAGUUUAUCACGUUAUUGUGUAUCUCUUGUCUGUGUGUGAUUUCUCUGAUAGCUUUUGUGAUGGUAAAGCAUUCAGCAUAAAGUACAAUCUAACAGUGAAAAUUGUAACUGUUUAAUGGCCCCAGCUAUUUUUCUGUAUGUGCUUAAUUCUGUCAUUAGAUCAAUGCAGCUUUAAUAUGUGUGUGUGUAUGUAUUACAAAAUGCACUGGGAAAAAAAAAACCUGAAACCUUGCAGUAAACACUUGUGUUGAGUAAUUAUGUCACAGCAGCCAUUAACAGUAACUUGUCUUUUUGAAGUGUACUGUUCAAGCUGUAAGUAAUUUGUGUUACAAUGACAUGUUUGCACAGGCAUAUUGGUUUUGGCAAUGUACAUUGUUCAAGCCAUACAAGCUGUUUUAAAUGUUCAUACUUGAAUUCAAAUUGUUUACAAUAAAUUUUUGUAUACUUAAUGUUUAGACUGCAUGUGCAAUUGUUAAAUAUAUUAAAUUGAAAGCUGGUAAAUAAAUCAACAAGAAACGGUUAAUCUGUAUUUCAUGCAUUGAUUCAGAUUUUCAAAUUAUAUACAGUCUGCUUGGGUGAAUUUAUCGUCAUUUAUCGUUAUCGAGGUAAAUCUGCUCAAUUUUUCGUGAUACGUGCUUAAGGCCAUAUCGCCCAGCCCUAAUAUCAGGGUAGCAGAUGUCAGGCAGAGACGGCGAAGACAGCGGGUCGAAAAAUAUCGAUUUAGGCAUCAAAUAUGGAUCUGGCGAAUGGAUCGACCGAAGCUUUUCCACAUAACGCCUUUUAUGCAACACAUCCAAUGAGUUUACAGCGUCUGAAAGCACCGGGGCUUCCAUGAAUUGCACUAUAAAUUUCACGAUAAAUUGAGACCAUUGAGAAUACGGACACACAAUGACGGACAAUAUGGCGGCACAAUACAGCGACAUGUCAUCGUGUGACGUUGGUGAGUGGGGUCUAUUCUAAUAGCUGUGUAAAGAGUUUUACUAGAUUUGGUGAGAAGGUGAAUAGUUUUUUUUCGUUGUUCGUGAACUAAAUUUCCACACAAAAACACAUCGAGGUACUAUUAACUUAGCAAGGAGCUCCCAGAGCUCGCGAAAUUUGAAAAAAAAAAAAAAGCGCAUUUAUCAAAGUUUCGUCAGCCGUAAUUGCGUAUAUCCGUCAGCCGAACCCGUCUGAUAGUAAAGAUAAGUACACCUGCCCCUCGUUGUCAAAGUUGGUGCGCCGGUGUUGUGCCAAAAAUAGCCACUCCGCGUGAAAUGUCCCCCCUGACGGGUGUGCCCACGCGUCACUCAUACAAAUAGCUUUUUCUUACCAAUCGAUGGACACAGAAACGACUUUCUUGUACCGUGAAUAUGUAUCAUUUUACUGUGACCGGCGCUCUGAAAAUAGAGCAAGGCUUUAUUUUGGGUCCCGCCUCACCGUGCAAAUUCAGUCAAACUUUGCUUUCCUUCCAAGACGGCCGUCCUCCGCUCACUUUCGCCGAAAAGUCCGAUCCAAACUAUUGUAAUGCCCCAGAUAUGAGGAAGAAGGAGAGAAGUCUGUAUUGGCUUACCAACUUUAUUGUGGGAACAAUAAUAAAGAAAAACAAUAACAAAAUAACAGCGGCCACGACACAGCCACGACAUGCGACCGCUAUCUCUCUCUCGCUGUCUUGCUCGUUCUUCUUUUGCCACUCGUUCCUCUUGCGUCACAGCUCCCCAGUUCGGUCGUCUCUUAAGGGAGCCCCGCAUAGUUACGAACAUUAUAAUACACAAUGAAUAGGCCGCUCGUUUGAAACGGCCUUAAAAAAAAAAAUAAAUAAAUAAAUAAAUAAAAUACAUCUCAUUUGCCAGGCGUGGCGGCUUUUAUUUUGGUGUGGCGGUGCACCACAAUCUGUAGGGGAUACCCUGAAAGCCAAAAAAGCGCACCAGUGUGUUAUUUCAUUGACUUAUUUCAAAGAAACAAAGGAGGGUACACUCUUGUGUCCUGUCUCUUAAGUGCCGAGCUUGGCUGCACGUCGGCCGUGAAUAAACACCUAAAGCACCGUCACCCAGUUUGUAAGUUGAGCCAACUAACUAACGACAUGUUUUAUUGAAGUUGCUAAGCCUGUCGCGAUAUGCAAGGAGUCCAUUUAUCGCACGGCAAAUAAAAUGAGGGCGGUAAUUUUCACGGCUGCGUUUUAUCGCUGCGCGCAUGCGUGCAUACAUUGGUGCGUGCGUGCUGAUGGCAUAUGCGACUCCUUUCUCUUAUCAACACGCUGUAGAAUUAAAGUUCAGACAUACAAAAUAAGAAAACACCUCUAUAUUAAACACUCUAACGUUAGCACUGCUACACUGAGGUAAAUGGGGGGAAAAAAGGCAACCUACUUUAGCCAGCUAUAAAACAUUGGCAGUCGUCUCGUGAAAGCAAACUUGCAGUUAAAAAGUGACAUUUCAAACAUGAAAAAUCACUGGUUAACAGCAUUUGCAAACAAAAAAAUAAAAAAAUAAAAAAAAGUAAAUUAUAUUACUGACACAACAUGCAAUGACAAAAAGUGCUUUUUUUGCGGAGUGUAAAGCUGAAGUUAGCUGUUUAGCGAAUGUACUUCUGGUGAACAUUUCAAAAUAAAAGCAUGUCAUGUUCGUCAUAUAAAUAACGAUUUCUGGAGUUAAUCCAACAUACUUCAGAAUGGCGUACCGCAAGCAACACGUCACUUCCGCUCAUUAAUAUUCAUCAAAUUAGCUACUGUUGCUAAGUAGGGACAAGCCGCCGUUUGUCCCUAAUAGGAAAUGAAUGGAAAUCGUGUACGAAGGAGAUGUUUACGGAGCUAAACCUACCAAUUCUCUGCCUGGUGCCAGUUUCACUGGCAAAGAUGUGGAAGAACACAAAAAUGUUCCGGUAAAGAGAUGGCUUGAGUGUCGAAGGCUGAAAAAGACGGAAAAAAAACAAGCCGACCUAAGCAUGGCCUUAGCUUUUUUAUUGACGCGACUGACAAUGACAUUCUCCUGUUUCAACAAGCUAUCCUUUACCAUCAGCCCUGUCUUUCUUAUAUAUCCUCUGGUUGUCCUACGUCUCUGACUGUUCUUGGGGGUAAUUUAGUUAGCUUUGUGUAGCGAUCGCAAAUGCUACUUAGUGACAGCCAACGAACACUUUUAAUUUUUUCAUUGAUAACAAAUCUUAAUUCUAUAAUUUAUUUACACUUCCCCCUUACUAAAGUUGUUUCAAAUAUAUAUGUAUAUAUAUAUAUAUAUAUGUAUAUAUAUAUACACUCACCAUCCACUUUAUUAGGUACACCAUGCUAGUAACGGGUUGGACCCCCUUUUGCCUUUAGAACUGCCUCAAUUCUUCGUGGCAUAGAUUCAACAAGGUGCUGGAAGCAUUCCUAGGAGAGUUUGGUCCAUAUUGACAUGAUGGCAUCACACAGUUGGUGCAGAUUUGUCGGCUGCACAUCCAUGAUGUGAAUCUCCCGUUCCACCACAUCCCAAAGAUGCUCUAUUGGAUUGAGAUCUGGUGACUGUGGAGGCCAUCUGAGUACAGUGAACUCAUUGUCAUGUUCAAGAAACCAGUCUGAGAUGAUUCCAGCUUUAUGACAUGGCGCAUUAUCCUGCUGAAAGUAGCCAUCAGAAGUUGGGUACAUUGUGGCCAUAAAGGAAGGGACAUGGUCAGCAACAAUACUCAGGUAGGCUGUGGCGUUCCAACGAUGCUCAAUUGGUACCAAGGGGCCCAAAGAGUGCCAAGAAAAUAUUCCCCACACCAUUACACCACCACCAGCCUGAACCGUUGUUACAAGGCAGGAUGGAUCCAUGCUUUGAUGUUGUUGACGCCAAAUUCUGACCCUACCAUCCGAAUGUCACAGCAGAAAUCGAGACUCAUCAGACCAGGCAACGUUUUUCCAAUCUUCUAUUGUCCAAUUCUGAUGAGCUUGUGCAAAUUGUAGCCUCAGUUUCCUGUUCUUAGCUGAAAGGAGUGUCACCCGGCGUGGUCUUCUUAGGCUGUAUUGGCUGAGCAAAAAUUGUGUUUGUUCGUUCCACUGAAAUGGAUCUACAUGACCGCUGCAUUGUAAUUUACAUACGUUGCUAAUUAGUACCAAAAAAAAGUUGUACUCACGGUUUCCAGUCAUUUUUUAGUAAUUAGCGUUUUUGUGUCGGUCUUUUUUUCCCCCGUGGCGCAGUGAUAUUGAUACGGCGGAGUCAUAUCGUCAGUGUGUGAAGCCAUUUUAGGUCACGUGCACCAAUAGGAGACGAGGAUUGUUGCUAUGGGUUUGGAAAACAAACAACAUGGCGGCGACCAUGUCAAACUACGACACGAGCGAAGAUGAACAAAAGAUAAGAAAACCGCAUUCGAAAUUUAGUCAAAAGGCAUCGAAACUAUGCUAUAUGCAUCUCUCAACUGUCCAAGGGCGAAAAAGGGCAGGAAUUUGGAAAAAACAUGCAGAGCCGCGUGGUUGCGUCAGACAAUGGCUUUCUCCCCAGGCUCCGUCGAAGGAUAUUGCUGAAAAUGCGUCGACUGGGAUUUUUAACGACAUUCACUACAGGUAAGCCACACGCACGCCUUUGCUACAAGGUUAAUUGUUAUUAACCUAUGCUCACAAAAAUCUUAUUUAAACUAGUGUUGUAACGAUACCAUUUUUUAUCCCAGAUAUCAAUACCACUUUGUUAUAAAAUGUAUGUACAGUGUAUAGAAAGUGAAUCCAGUAGAACUUUUUAUUGCAUACCUGUUAUGGGUGACAAUGGUUAAAUAAACCUUUUGGCUCAAGAACAUCAAGCUGUAGUCAAUAAAAGCCCUGAUACUGACGUGGCAGUGAUUGCUGUAAGUCUGCAGAUAGAUCUACAGUGUAAAUUGCAUUUUUUCACAGGAGGAGGCAACAGAACGAGGACUGACGUCUCUGAGGUCUCUGCAGCUCCUGGCACUAGUGUGUGUUUAGCACUCAUUGGCAUCCAUACAUUCACAGGUUGUGACUCUGCUUGUGCCUUUCAUGGCAAAGGCAAAAAAAAAAUUCUUUUGCACGUCAUAAAAAAAGAGUACCUGACUGGGUUUGCAAAGCUGGGCAGCAGUUUUAAACUUGACCUACAAACAUUUAACACAUUGUGGAAAUACGUGUGCCACCUGUUUGGCCAGUUAUAUGCCAAAUGCAGAUCUUUCUGUAUGGCCUCGUCAAUCUUGCCAGAACAUUCUAUUCCCCCCAAAACUGAUGCUCUGUACCAACAUUGCAGGACAGCAAACUAUCAAACAGCAAUUAUGAAACGUUGUCUGACAGGUAAAAUGUGUGCCCCUUCACCCAUUGGGAAUGGGUGGGACAUUGAGGAUGGGCAGUUGGCAGUGACAUGGAUGACUAAAAAUCAUGCCCCUGAUACUGUUUUGCAAGUAGUCAACUGUAGUUGAAAGGCAACCAAUUGUGUCACGGGAAGAUGUUCCUAUAUGUCUGCAAAACUUUCUUGUACUGAUUUAUAUCGGUGCCAAGCAUGCGAGAAUGUUUCCAAAGAAACAGAAGACACUUGGAUGGGCUGAUGACUUUGAUGAAAGCGAUUUUCAGGAGUAAUGUUGUCAUGUACAGUUUUACUAUUUUUUAUUUCUAUAUAUAUUUUUUUUAAAUUCGUUUUUCAAUAUUUGUAUGUGUAUUUUUAUAGUAUGAGACACUUCCAUGUUUAAAUAAAUGUUGUGUACCAACAGUACCAUACUUGAAUGAUUCCAACCUUUUGUGUAUAUACAGUGUGAUUAAAAAAGGCUGUGCCAAAAUCAUAAUGCCAAGUCAAAAACAAAAAACAUUAAAAAAAAAACUCUACCUUGGACAGAUGUAGGAAGUAACUAUGUUCAAUUUCAUGUUUUCAUAGUAUUCAAAUAUGGCCAUCACCAGCAGCAUGGACAACAUCCAAGUUGACAUGAGAAUUCCUCCCUCCCGCGUUGAUAUAGUCUGUUAUUCGAUCUUUCAUGUCAUCAAUAUUUGCUGGAAGUGGUGGAACAUACACUUAGUGUAUAACCAGUGUUGUUAAUAACGGCGUUACAAUAUAACGGCGUUACUAACGGCGUUAUUUUUUUCAGUAGUGGGUAAUCUAAUUAAUUACUUUUCUCAUCUUGGCAACGCCGUUACCGUUACUGAGGACGGAAAGGCAUGCGUUACUAUGCGUUACUAUAUUGGUCGAAAAGUCUGAGGGAGACGGACUCACCGAGACGACAGAGCAGAGCAGGAGUGGGGAGAGGGAAGAAAGUUGUGACGCCGAGCAGACGCGAUGCUAGGUAGCUCCAAAAAUACAUGUUGUAGCCGAUAGCCUACAAACUACGCCCGCGUGUUAUGGUAGAUAUGGUAGACAUGGUAGAUACCACAUGUACUGUAUAUAGAUAUAACUAGAUGCAAAAUGACAGACAUGGCACUAAAUGCGUUAGUAGACAGCCGCCAUCUUGAAGCAGUAGACUUUUUAGGACUGCUCUGUUGUAGAGAACCUUCCUAGCGAACCUAAGUAACUUUUUAUAUAAAAUACUUCUAAAUCGGCAAAAUCUUGACUUGAAUCUAUCUUUAAAUGAUGAAACAGUUUUAAAACUUUCAUAUGUCGAAAGUAGAGAGAAGGGAACUAAUGCAAUAAUGGGAGCAAUUCUAACAACUUUUAACAGUUGAUCCAGGGUAAAGAGUAAAUUAGGGUAAAGAAUUGGGCUCGGGCCAAUUGUACCAAAAACCUUCACAAAAAACUUCACAUAGUGUGGCCAAUGUUUUUUUUUUUUUUU